AUGCACAAAAAUCCAUUCGUCCCGUCACCAUCUUAUCCGACUGUUCAGCAGCCACCACUGCCUCCAGGUCCUCCCCCACCUCAGCCAGCAGCUCAGCCAGAUUACUCUGCGUACUGGGCGGCUCAACAGCAACCCGCUGCUCAGCCUGCAUUCAACCCACAAUGGGCGGGCACAAAUCCUCAAUGGCCUGCCGCUCAGUCUACUCAAGUAUCUGUACAAGCUAAGCCGUCUACGGAUCAAUCGGCAGCUCUUUAUGCGAAUUAUGGCUACGGCGGCCACCAAGCUGCUCAUUGGCAGCAACACCAGCACGCACACCAGCAACAACACCACUAUGCGCAACCUCCCGCUGCUGUUGCACCAUCUGUUGCACCUCAGCCCUACAAUCCGUAUCAACCUCAAAAUGCCGCUACCUAUGCCCAGCCAGCGCAGCCAUAUAGCAUCCCCCAGGCACUUCCUCCACCUCAAACGCCUGCUCAGCAACAGUACCGCCCACCUCAAGCUCCACAGCAGCCUUACUUCCAGCAACAGCAACAACAGCAGCCCAGAGGUCCAGCAAGCACACUGCAGCGAACGGCACCGCAGCAGCAGCAGAUGCCUCCGGCGAAACGGCCUCGCUUUGACAACACACACCAAUCUCCACCUCAACAACCCCGCUUCCAGCAAGCCGUGCAGCCGAUGUCAAUGCAAGGUGUGCCUGUGGGUCCAAGCAAGCAAUCUGGAAUGUCUGGACUACCUUCCCAGCCUAGCCAAAUGCAAUCGCAGGGCAAAUUCUCGGGUGGCAUGGGAAGGGGUGGCAUGGGUGGAAGAGGGCCUAAUAUGAACAGAGGAGGCCGAGGAGGGAACAUGGGGUCAAAUCGAGGCAUGGGUAUGAAUCGUGGACAUGGUGGAAUGCAUGGCGGAGGUCGCGGUGGUGGAUCCGGCCAUUCCAGCAAUGCAUCGAUGCGCAAUCAUCAAUCGCGCGAUCGCGGCGGCUUUGGUAACUUCAAUCGGAGAGGCGGAAGCUCGUUUAAUAACGGGCCGCAGCAUCACCAAGGAGGUUCUGCUCGCAGUGGUCACGGAAACCGUUCCGGAGGCUCAAUGCAUGGUGGGCACGGCGGACGUAGCGGACGAUCAGAUGGAUUCCAUCAGCACCGUGCUCUUUCAAACGCUACAAAUACUAGUGGCGGCAUAGGUAAGCGCGAGGAGAACAGGCGGACUUUGACGGAUUUCAAGAUUGUUGGUUUGGAAGUCCGAAGCUUGGAUUGGCACUGGGGUUACAUUCCACCUCAAUCUGGUUCCGAGACGAUAAAAUCCGAAGAGAAUGUGAAAGCUGAGGAGUCUGAGCAGAUUCUCGAGGCAGCGGCAGCGGAAACGCAGGAAGUUUCUGCCGAUACUGAUAAAUAUGCUGUUAAGGAGACGCAGACCGCGCACUCUGCCUCUAACGGAGCUACAGCUGCGCGAAUGCGAAUUUACUUCCACACACCUCCCUCUGCUGAUGAUGCUCGUCCUAUUCUCCCGACUCCCUCCGUGUCUGAUCUGCGUAAAGGGAAACGUAAAAAAGUGGAUGAUGAUGAGGGUGACAUAGAGGAUGGUAUAAGGGCUCCUCCGCCCCCACCCCGCCCACGUGGACACGAAAGUGAGGACAGUCACGCGAAUGAGACAGAACAGACGGCCGAAUCUGGAGAACAUGAUAAAAACAUUGAACGCGAAAGUGUCGCGCCGAGCGUUGCUGAGACCGGUAGUGAGGCAGACUGGUUAAUGGCUGCUAUCGUGGAUGGUGAUGCGGACGCGGAUGGCGAAAUGGAUAUAUAUGAGCAGACUCAAGUUGAGGCUGAUGUUAGUGUUCAUGACGAUGGUGAGCUUCAUACCGCCACUGGUGACAUGGCUAGAAGUGGACGUCUCGGCGAGAUUGUUCAAAACAUGUUACCAGUAGACGUCCACACAGACUCACACAUUCCUUUCUUCUCUUCUCAAGGUCACUAUGAGGCUAAUGAAUCAUUGGUUGAGCCAAAGACUCAGGAGGAUAACACUGCUGAUACUCAGGUAGCUGACAACGUCACUGGUGACGGUAAUGAUGAGGCCCCUACUCAGAUUGAGUCCCCGGCUGCCUCAAUGGUCCCUCCAGAGCCUACUGGGAUUCAGUCUGUAAAAGCGGAGGAGGCUGAUUCGUCUGUCCCAAGGGAAGUGGCCCAUACAGAAUCUUCUGUUGCAGAGGCUGGACAAAAGAACGACGGAGCUAGCGAUCUGUCUCAAAUGAAAGAGGAGAGCAUUGAACUGAUUGUUUCUUCUAUUAUUCCCAAUGAUCCGUCCGAGAACGAUGAUGGAAAGCCUCAGCCUUCUGACUCCGCCGUUAAGGAGGAUAUUGGGACUGCCGAGAAACCUGUGACGAUGGAUGCUGAACAUCUUCCGGAGCCCCCAGCGUCUCCAACCUCCAAUACGGCGUUUUCUGGUACUUCUACGGGUACUUCCACUGCCAAUCCUGAUCUUCCUGCCAAGCCCGCUGCUAGCAGCACCAGAGUAGCUUCUGCAAACCGCGUCUCUAUUGCAUAUGCAGCUGGGACCAGGAGGCUUAUAGUUGACGCUGAUGUCGUGGAGAAGAUGACCAUUUUCCGUGCUGAAGGCCGGAUUGACAUCGACAUGACGAUCGAGCGAACUACGGGUGGAUUCAAAGGGAUAUUGAUUGAAACGCUCAAUGAGAGCAAGGCCUAUUCGGCCAUCACAGACCUUUCUGAAGCUCUGGAAUCUGAUUCUACUCUUCCGCCGUUUUGGAAGGCGGAAUCUGGCACAAAGGUUGUCAUAAAUGUUCAUCUGGACAAGGAUCGUCCGCUUUCUGAACCAAAGUGGAUAAAAACGGGUGAUGUACAAGAUUGGUUGAAAGAUAUGUUUGGCGGGCGGUUCUGGGUUGCUGGCGAAGCUGUCGGUUGGGAGAAAAAGAUUGAAGUACGGUACCCCGAUCCGGCCCCAACUAUCCAAACUGUUUUAACAAGUUGGUCUACCAACUCACCAGUCGGUGUAGCUUCAGAGCGAUCUCGCUUCUUGAAGACACAUAUGACAGAUGCGGAUAAUGUGCUUGAAAUCUUUUUAAGGCUAGUGAGAGGUGAGAGGGCGACGCCAUUCUCACAGAACGCGUCAAGCAUCUCUACACCAUCGAUCCAAGGCCCUUUGUUGGCAGCUCUGGAUACAUCCUCGCCUCAUGCAGCCCAGCAGACGCAUGUCUCUUUAGCUGUCAUGGCGCUUGUCCGUCUUGCGACCCAGUAUGCGGAGCAAGCACUUGGUGAGGGGAAAGGAAAGGAGCAGGUUGAUGAGCGAGACGCGUCACGCAUCCAGCUUGAACACAGACAGCCAUGGAACACCUACGACUCUGACAAUACCGUCUUCUCCCCUCAAGGCCGUAUCCACCAGGUGGAAUACUCCCUUGAAGCAGUUAAGCAGGGUUCUGCUGUAGUGGGGCUUCGGUCAAAGACUCAUGCAAUCCUUCUCGCGUUGAAGCGUUCAACGGGCGAGCUGUCUUCAUACCAGCAGAAGAUGUUCAGAAUCGAUGACCAUGUUGGUAUUGGGAUUGCAGGAUUGACUUCUGACGCAAGGGUGCUGAGUAACUUUAUGCGACAGCAGGCUAUGUCGGAGCGCAUGGUGUUCAACCGUCCAAUACCCGUGAAUCGUAUUGUAACUUCCAUUGCAGACAAGGCUCAGGUUAACACGCAAGAAUAUGGACGACGUCCCUACGGAGUUGGAUUCCUCAUUAUCGGUCAGGAUUCGUCGGGCCCACAUCUCUUCGAGUUCUCGCCUUCCGGACUCUCCUUUGAAUACUUUGCCAUGUCAAUCGGCGCACGUAGUCAAAGUGCGAAGACUUAUCUCGAACGACACUUUGAGGAGUUUGCGGAAUGCACUCUCGAAAAACUGAUCGUACACGGCCUACAUGCACUCCGAGAGACACUUCAGCAAGACAAGGAACUGACGAUUCACAAUACGACUAUCGGCAUUAUCGGUCCUGCUGGUGAACUUGAAACCGGUGUACCUCCAGAGGGCCCAUUCAGGAUGCUUGAGGAAGAGAAAGUAGAUCCAUAUAUUCAGAUGUUGCCUGCUAGAACGCCAUCAACACGGACGGCGGUCUCUACCACAAUGGAUACCCAGGCGGCGGCUGGUUCAACUCAACCUCCACCAGGAGACGAAGACGUGCAGAUGUCCGAGUAG